AUGGGCUUUCCAGCCAAUUUGAGGUUUGUGCGUCAGGGGAUUGAAAUUGAAACCAGAAUGUGGAGGAAGACAGUAGCAAACAGAUUUGUUCAAAUAAAAUGGAAACAGUACAAGAAUUUCUCAUUCUAUGGAGGAACCCACAAGGAGUGGAAUACUGAGGCAGCUGAUGGUUUGACGCUCCUCCCUAUUCAUACUGCAAGGUCAGCUUCGAUAACACUGCUUCUCAUAUUCCGAAGCUCAGCUGUAAUACCACUGCUUUCUAGCUAA